AUGACGAAUCCGCCUCAUGUUUACUGUGCAGCACUUUGUGGACAUGCGAUCUACAUCUUCACCUCCGCCGCUAUGACCCAACCCCCACUGCCAGUGGCAGAACUUGAAGCCGCUCCCGCGGAGCGCGAAAACUCGACCACGCUGCACGAUACUCAAACGUCAUGUCCAUACUUGCACAUUCUUGUGGUCGGGGCGGACAAAGUGGGAAAGUCGUCGCUCAUAACGCAUGUGUUGGGUGUGGAUUACGAGGUAACAACGAUCCCUUCACCAGAGAGUUGGGGUACUAUUCCUGCGGGAGUCAAAUCCAUGCGACAGCCACGGCUUGUGCUGCAUGAAAUUCCUUACAUGCAAAGAGCAGGGCAGACGAGUGGUCUUGAUGAAGUGGAAACAUUAGUGUCGGCAUUGAAAUCGGGACCGCUCGAACAUCAAGUCCACGCAAUCUGGCUCUGUGCUCAGAUACCCUACGUGGAUCCUCACAGUGACGCCCUUGAUUCAGUCGAGCUUGACUUCGUAGGCAAGCCGACACCACUGCGAGUACCACGCAUAGUUUUUUUCACCCAGUUUGACAAUCUUGUUGAUCUGCAGGACGAGCAAAUCACUGGCAGUUUGCCGGAAAAUUUGUCGGAACAUGAAAUGGAGCGCUUGACCUUCCAAAAGGCUCUCAAUCUAUACCAACACAGUUGUGCCAAUGUUCUCCUUCGAGCCAGCCCGGAGGUGCCAUUUUUCCGCCUUUCUGGUUUAAACGAAGAAAACUUGUCUCAGCAAUCGCAGCGAGACGUUGAUUCUCUUCUCCAAACGACGCAUCAGCUUGCAGAAGAGUAUGUGGACAAGAUCUCAUGGAAUAUGACAGGAAUGCCGGAGCAGUUGGCGAGCGUUCACAUGAAAUUGGAGAAUUCGAUCCGAACAGGAAUGACAGGUUCGUGCAGCUCAAGUCGUGUCCUCCGAGAUGAAGAAGCGCCGGCAGUGUAUUACGACGCGUUAUUCAGUGUCAUUCUUUGGAAUAGAUUAAGCACAAUUCUGGACAAAUCGCACAGACAACUAACACGGGGAUGGAACCUGGAAGAUCCCCACGUACUACGCGACUCUCCUAUCUUUGUUUCCGCAAUUCGCCAGAUAGCCGGUCUACCGGUGAUAGAUGGUUCAGACAACAAGGCCUUAGGAAUCGACAUGCUCGACAGGUGGCAACUCGUGCUCACUCUCAUCGCCGGGAUUCUCGUCUCUGCGAAUAUGGGCCGCAUUGCCGCUACCUUCGCCGCAUUUAUCUGGAUUGGUCAUGUCGUCCUACAACUAAGAAGGCGGCUCCCAGAAACAGUCCGCAUUUUCCUUGAAUCCAUAAUUCAUCUCACUCUGCUCCUGGACCGUAUCUUCCACAGUGCGCUGCGGCCAAACAUCGGUCGACCAAAGGCAUUGACCAAUGCGGAUAUCAAGCAAGCAUUGGAACAAUACCAAGCUUCGGAAACAGCAGCACAGGUCCAUUCCGAUGUCCAGCUGUUUAUCGACGACACAUGCGAGUCGAUAUGGAAAGCCCUGUGGGGGCUGCGCAAGAGAAAAGCCGAAGAUUUGGUGCGGGAGUUGGUAGAUCAAUGGAGGACUGGCUCAGGGAGUUCCUUGACACCGUUGAGGGUGACGAGCCAGCAUUGA